AUACAACAAAGUAUGAUUGGUGUAAUCGUACCAUAUUUAUCGAAGAUUCGUAGAAGUUAUCAGUCAAAUGAUCUUAUCGAUCGCCUCAGUUAUGAGUACACUGCUAUGAUAAUUACGCUCGCAGCAUUCACUCUUGCAGCCACACAAUACGUCGGAAAUCCAAUUCAGUGCUGGGUUCCAGCUCAAUUCACUGGCGCAUGGGAGAAGUACACAGAAACGUACUGCUUCAUCAAGGGCAGCUAUUUUUUACCACUAGAUGAUGACAUUCCGUACGAGUUUAAUCAGCGAGAGGAUGCGAUGGAUUUUUUGAUUGACUAUCUGAAAUUGUUUAAAAUUGUGCCUGAUGGCAGUGAUUCAAUCGAUACUUUGAAUCAUUAUUACACGGCGAUGUUGUUGAUGAUAUCUGGAAUAUCAAUGUCAGCCAUGAUUUAUGUCGCGCAUCCAAUUCAGUGUUGGGUUCCAGCCGAAUUUCAACCACAAGUAGACUGGGAACACUAUGCAGAGAUGUACUGUUUCACGAACGGCUUCUACUUUCGUGUAGAAGAUUGCUAUUUGGAUAAGAAUAAUUCGGAGAGGAUUUGCGUUGAGGAUAGGCAAGUUCAUAUUGGAUACUAUCAAUGGCUUCCUUUAAUUGCAGUACUGCAAGCUUUCAUGUUUGCGGCACCACUCUACUUCUGGCGAGUCAAUUCAUCAAAAACUGGUAUAAAUGUAAAAGGAGUGCUGAAUUCGGCGGCAUCAGUUAAGAAGAAAUUCGAUCGAGGAUCGCGAAUUGCACAAGUGCACAUUGCAGCAGAUCACUUGCAAGAGGCUCUCGACAUGCAACGUGAACUUAAAGGUAUUCAUUCUUUCGCAUCUUUCGCACCAUUCAGAGAACCACAAUACCAUCGAGGCUUUGAUUGCUUGAGAUUUGGUAAACGAAAUGGCGUCUAUCUUGUGGCUUUAUACCUAUUCACUAAGUUAUUGUAUGUGUUGAAUGUAUUGAUGCAGUUCGUUAUACUGAACGCUUUUCUUGGGCCUCAGUAUACAUUUUGGGGUGCUGGAAUUCUUUCGGAUAUUUGGAAUGGAAAAGAAUGGAACGAAUCUGGCCACUUUCCUCGUGUUACUAUGUGCGAUUUUGACGUGAGGGUAAUGGGUAAUAUUCACCGAUGGACCGUUCAGUGUGUUCUUAUGAUCAAUAUGUUCAACGAGAAAAUUUACAUAUUUUUAUGGUGGUGGUUUGUAUUAGUUGGUAUACUGACAAUAAUAUCAUUUUUCUACUACGUGAUUGCCCUAACAGUAGCAACGAAUCAACGUCAAUUCGUGACGAGGUAUUUGCGUUGUACGGGUGCCAUUUCUAAGCAGUCGAAUUCACGUAAUGACGAUCAUCUUAACAGUUUCAUCAAUAAAUUUCUACGACCCGAUGGUGUAUUCCUCUUACGACUGAUUGAGUCAAACGGCGGUGAUUUAUUGGUCGGCGAGGUUGUGAGUGCGUUGUUCAAUCGUUAUCGAGCUCGAAUGGAAGAUCAUCUUGACACUCUGCCGGUCACAGAAAGUCCGAAUAGCAGUGCAUCAAUUCAUCACAAUUAA